AGCCCGCAGAGCCUGACGGAGAGGCGGGCACUGGGCAUGCGCGGAGCGAGCGCGCGCUGCCCGGCUCCGGGCUCCGAGGGAAUCCGAUGGUCCGCGCUUUCCAGUCAGCCGCCGGGCGGAGCAGGGAGCCCGGGCCGCGCCGGGCGGGAGGAGGCGGAGAAGGAAGAGGGCUCUCCUGUCCUCCUGGGAGUUGGUGGACGGAUGUCCCACAAAAAUCUGAGGUAACCGUCUGUGUCCAUCAGGUGACUCAAGCUUACCAGAGCCUCACCUGGGCUCACCUCAGAGCAGAAGGUCGGGGGAGGGGCCCCCUCAGAGAAAUUGCCUCAGAAUGUCGGCGCUGGGGAGUCACCCCGCGGCUCCUGGCAGGUGACGCGUCGGCCCGCGCACCUGUGGUAGGUGCGGGGCUACCGCCGCGGGCGACCCCCGGGCCUGCCUGCUCGGCGCGCGGGGACGCAGGGCCAGGCCAGCGCCCUGGUGGCCCCGACCUCCGACCCCGGGGGGACCGAGACCUCAGACCCACGAGAGGGACCCCAGACGGCCCACCCUCAGGGGAUGCGCCCCCGGCGGUCCCCGGGCUGGGCAGCCCACAGACGCCGAGCCCAGUAGAGCUGGCCGGAGCGGCGCCGCCCGCCCGCUUGUUGAUACAAGUUGAUAAAAGAUAUCACCUGUUGAUAAAAGUUCCCUCACUGAUCUCCCUGCAACGCAGGCCAGUUAAAAGGACCCUGUUUAUUGAAAAAAUGAACCAAAUGUGUAAAAACUUUCUGUGAGUUCAGUACCAUCUUUGUGUUCCACCGUGGAGAACAAACUCCUCUCCCGAAGUUAACGAACGAACAACAACACAGUCCUAAAAGUUGGGUUCUGGUUUGGAAGCUUGUAUCAGCCACCAAGAAGCCUGUCCACCUUUCCAG